GAACGUCCGUACAGUUCAUCAGAUCGAAAAAAUCAGAAGGAAAAGAUUACAAAAUCACCUGUCUCACCUGGUGAAUCUCACAAAACUCAAGCAGAAGGCCAUAACGAUUCUACAGUAACGGAUUUUACUGAGGAGUCUAUUGCUUCAUCGACGCCAGUGAAGCCAAUCCUGCAGAUGUUUCAUAGUGACUCUUCUUCGUUGAACUCGAUGGAGUCAAUAGAAAAAUCUACCCAGGAACCAAUGGCAUCUUCAUCGGCGCCCAUCGAGCCAAUUAUAGAUCAAGAAAUUGUUCACAAUUUUAUAUUCGACAAAAUUCCAAUUUACAUUAC